GUUUAAACUAAGUAUUGUGUUAUUGUAUGCAUAAAUGUGAGGCAAUCAAAAUUAAAUAAAUAAUUAAAUAAUUAAAUAAAUAAAUAAGGGUAAUUUAGUAAUUUGUUUAGUAACUUCCAAAAUUAAUCCCUAUAAUCAUGGUAGACUUUUAACCUAAUCUCUCCUGUUUAAAUCUCGUUCCCCUCUUUUAUCUAAAACGCCGAUCUAAUCUCUCCUGUUUAAAUCUCGUUGCACUCUUUUAUCUAAAACGCCGAUCUGCAAAGGAAAAGGGAUGCGAGUAGCAGCAGGUGGGGUGAGAUCAGAAGAGAGAGCGAUGGGUGAGACCAGAAGAGGGUCCGACGAUAGGUGGGGCUUCGGUGGCGUUGGCUCGACGGAAGAAGAAGAGGUGGGUGUGGGUUCUUUUAGAUCAAUGCUUCUGACCUCCAAUCUCCACCGCCGCCAGCAUUCCGAUCAGAAUUCAAUUUCAGAUUCGCUGUUGGUGGGAUUGUUCGCAUCAAGACAACAGUUCGUUCCUUCGCUGGAAGUAACAUUUUUAACAGAGAUUGAACUGCUGUCAAGACUUCAUCACUGCCAUGUGGUGCCAUUACUUGGGUACUGUUUAGAAUACCAAUACCACACAAAACAGCCUGAAAUGCUUUUGGUGUUUGAAUACAUGCCAAAUGGCAACCUGAGAGAGUGUCUGGAUGGGGUUUCAGAAAAAUGUCUAGACUGGGGGGCCCGCAUUGCAGUAGCCAUUGGAGCUGCUAGAGGGUUGGAAUAUCUUCGUGAAGCAGCUGCACCAAGAAUCUUGCAUAGAGAUGUUAAAUCCACUAACAUUCUCUUGGAUGAAAACUGGAGAGCAAAGAUUACUGAUCUGGGAAUGGCUAAGAGUUUGGUGAAAUGAUUGGUGAAAUGAUUGGUGAAAUGAUUAACAUAUGGUAUAUAUCACUUCAAUGAACAGAAAAAUCCAGCAGGAGUACAGAAGCUCAUACGUGGUCAACAGUUGAUCUUGACCACCCUCAGAUCAUAAACAUACAUAACUAUAGCAUUUUUUCAGCUACAUGGAACGUAGGAGGAAAAUCCCAUUCCAACAAAAUGAAUCUUUGUGAGAUUCCAAUUCUUUUGGAAUGGAAUCACGAAUUCCAAUUCUGUUGGAAUGGAAUCAUGAAUUCUAAUUCUGUUGGAAUGGACAGUUCUGUUGGAAUCACAGAAGUUGAUGCUUGAAGAACGGACCACAAAAUUGAAACGGACC